AUGGCUGAACAACAGUGGUCAAAUCAUUACUCUGCUUCUUGGAAUAGCAUGCGAUCAGAACAUGCCGUUAGUAAUCCAAUAAUGGUGCAAGGAACCGGUGGAGCUGGAAUCACUGGGUCUGUAACUUCACCGCGGGAAAAUUCGCUUUGCACUCAAAUGAUUGCCAAUGUGUUGGGUUCGUCUCCUGGAAGUCUUGCUACUGAUACAAAAUUUGCUAGUGCUGUGAAGUUGGAAGAUGGGAAAACGAUUGACCGAAGUGAUGAUAAGUCAAUUAAAUCGACUAACGAUACUCUGGAAUCAAGUAUUUCAACGCCAUUCAUGCAUGUUCCUUUUCAGUUGCCAAGUGAUACGCUUGCUCUGAGUUCAACUCCCGAAAUUCAAUAUCCUCAUAUGGUGCAAGGGCAGCAGAAUCCUGUCGUUUAUUCGGGAAAUGUGCAAGCAGCAGCUCCAUUUGGAACGACUCCCACGGGAUAUGGCUACGGUUCAUUUACUGCUGUAUACAAUGGUGGUGCUACUCCAACUUUACCACCUGCAUCGGAUUCAUUAUUGACCAUAAACGGAAAUAUUGGAGGCUCACGUGGAACUCCACCUACAUCUGCUCUCUUUUCUUCUUCACCACCAGGUGCUUUUCACUUUCCACUGGGUUAUACUUCUCAACAAACACUUAAUCAUUUGUCCUCGAAUUUGGCAAAUCUAUCAAUUGGUCCCCCUCAUUCAACUCCAACAACUCGAACUGAAACAUUCAAUCCUAAUGGACAAAUUGGUACAACAUCUUACAACCUGGCGCAGCAACAGUAUCUCUUCAUGAAUUUUCCUCCAACUCCUUCAGCUGGUUCGCUGGGAUCAAGUCCCAAUUUUUUUGGUAAUGCCUUCCCUACUGCUUACAAUUCUUCAUCUGUAUUCCCAGGUUCUUCAACAAGUACUCAUAUUCAGUCGUCCCCUGCACCUCGUCCUAUUUAUGCAGCUCAGCAGAACGCCAUUUCGCAAGUUCCCUAUAGUGUUGCAGUUCAUAACAACAGCAGUCGACGGAACAAUGCUGGCUGUUCGGCUUCAGAUCGAGCAUAUGUUCCAAGUGAAAAUGAAAAGCCGGUGCGGUCACAUUUGUUGGAUGAUUUUAGAAACAAUCGUAAUCCUCAUUUGCAGUUAUCUGAAAUUGGUAAACAUGUUCUGGAGUUCGCCCAAGAUCAGCAUGGCUCGAGAUUCAUUCAGCAGAAGCUGGAACGAGCAUCACUUAAAGAAAAGCAACUGAUAUUUGACGAAGUAGCGUUACAUGCGCAAUCGUUGAUGACCGAUGUAUUUGGGAAUUAUGUAAUACAAAAAUUUUUUGAGUAUGGAACACCGGAACAAAAGAAUGUCCUUACAGAUGCUGUGAAGGGCAAUGUUAUGUCGUUGGCACUGCAAAUGUAUGGAUGUAGAGUUAUUCAGAAAGCUCUAGAGAGCAUUGAACCAGACCAGCAGAUGGAGAUUUUGAAAGAAAUGGAAGGACAGGUUCUAAAAUGUGUAAAAGAUCAAAAUGGUAAUCAUGUAGUGCAAAAAGUUAUUGAACGCGUCGACCCUUCGAAAUUGCAAUUCAUUAUUGAUGCUUUGGUUCCUCCAGGAGAUAAUGUGACGGUCUGUAGCUUAUCAACGCAUCCUUAUGGCUGUCGAGUUAUUCAACGUGUUUUAGAACAUUGCACAGAAGAACAAAAGCGACCCGUACUAGAUCAGCUUCACAAGCAUGUCAAGAAUUUGAUUGUUGAUCAGUACGGAAAUUAUGUUAUUCAGCAUGUUAUUGAGCAUGGUUCCUUAGAAGAUCGUAAUAGAAUUGUCAACCAAGUUAAGGGUGAUGUCUUGCAUUUUGCUCAGCACAAGUUUGCAUCAAAUGUAAUAGAGAAAUGUUUGACUUGUGGUGAACCGCAUCAUAAAAAUGCCUUGAUUACAGAAGCAUGCGGUAAUCCAAACGAUAUUGCUACACCACUUCUUAUGAUGAUGAAGGAUCAAUUCGCUAAUUAUGUUGUACAAAAGAUGCUGGAUGUGGCUGAUAGCGCUCUUCGAAAAAAAAUGAUGCUUGCGAUCAAACCACAUAUUCCAGCACUAAGAAAGUACAAUUAUGGAAAACAUAUCAUCACUAAACUGGAAAAGUAUUUUCAAAAGCAGAGUGGUGGUUUGCCAGUAAUACAGUCGGAUUUUUCAUCGAACGCGGUAGCAAUAAAUUAA